GUGUUGGGUUAAUUUUUGGUUGCUUCUACUGCAAGCAGGAUUUCCUGCUGAUUUAUUGAGGAACAGAUUGGAGUUGCAGAAGCUGUCCGCAUCAGCAGCAACAAGAUAGAUGUGCAGUUCGAGCAAGUACUUGGUGUGGGGGACAGCAUGCAGCAGUUCCGUAGAGUGUUUGCAGAUCAAUGGAGUCGAUCGUCGCUGUCUCCAAAGGUUUUGCUGGCAGAGUGGUCCAGUAUUGGAGGGGGUAGUCGAUUUCCAUGUUCCAACUGCUCUGGUGGUAUGAUGAGGAGUGGUGUUGCCACGAAACGACUUCUAACUGUCCGGCCAUGGAAUCUUGCCGGCCACUCACCGUUAUCAAAUCCACUGCCGGCAUGUAUCCGAGGAAAGAAUGCCUGCGGGAAUUUUCCCCCUUCUGUGAUUGGAGGAACUACUAGAGGAUUUGGGACUUAUAACCAUAAUCCCAGUGCCAGUGCCAUUGUAGGUGAGCAGUCACCUCCCCUCUCUGGCACACCGGCGUCUCCAGGAGUGAUUGCGAACGCCGCCGGCUUUCGAUCGCUUGAAGAUGCCACUACAUGUGGAGGAAUACCUCCUGCUUCUAACCCCCCCCCUCCUCGAUCUGACCCUGGUUAUGGGUAUAUAAGCAUAGAUGGCAGGAGUGCAGUUUGUGUAUCAAUGCUACUGGGCUUUGCAGCGGGAGCAGGUAUGGCCACUUACAUAUCACAAAGGGGGUCUAAGGAAGAGGAGCUUCAGCAGACACUUGGUGCCAUCGCUUCUCAGAUUGCACAGCAGGACAGACAGAUAUCUCAGAUCCUCGAAGGCCGGUCUCCACACGUAGAAUUGCUGAAACCCAGUGCUGCGCGCACCUUCACUCCAAUCCGACUGCAAGAAGACCCAGGGACUUUGACCCAGGGAUUGUCGCCGCCUUUGGCGUGGAAAGGCGGCCUUCGCACAGAUGACGAUGCGCACAAGCAAGGAGAGGCCUUGCAGCAGGUCCUUCACAGGCACUCCAUUGCAGAUGCUGCGGCCAAAGCCGCACCCGCAGUUGUUAACAUUAAGGUCACGAUCGGCAGCAGGGGCAUGUCGUUUGGUCAGUUUUCGGGCACUGGAUCUAUAAUUAAAGCAGAUGGCACCAUCCUGACGAACGCUCACGUGGUGGCGGAAGUCUCAGGAAGAAGCCCUUACCAGGGAAAACUUCUUGUUACGAUGCACGACGGGAGAUCGUUUGACGGAGAAGUAGUAAGCUUUGACUCCUUGGCGGAUAUCGCGGUCGUCAAGGUGAAAUCGAGCUUACCCUUGCCCACAGUGAAACUGGGGACGUCACGGAACCUUCGACCCGGCGAUUGGGUGGUUGCACUGGGAAGCCCCCUCCAUCUGCAAAACACAGUUACCGCAGGAAUAGUCAGCUGUGUGGACCGAAAGAGUAGCGAGAUCGGCCUGCGUGGCGGAAGGAUGGAAUAUAUUCAAACUGAUGCAGCAAUUAACCAAGGCAACUCCGGCGGGCCGUUGAUCAACUUAGAUGGAGAGGUGAUUGGAAUCAAUAACAUGAAGGCGGUUGCUGCGGAUGGCGUUAGCUUUGCGAUCCCCGUGGAUACGGCAAUGAAAGUCGUCGAACAGCUUUCAAAGCAUGGACGGGUGAUUCGACCUUUCAUCGGUAUGAAAAUGUUGGAGCUGAACGAUGCGAUCGUCAACCAGUUGAAAGAGAGAGACAGCAGCUUUCCCGAUGUCGAGGCCGGAAUAUUGGUUCCACAGGUGAUCGCAGGAUCGCCGGCUGCCCGAGCCGGUAUGAUGCCAGGGGACGUUGUCGUUGAAUUUGAUGGGCAACAGGUAACAACGGUACGACAGAUUAUGGAGCUGCUUGGCGACAGAGUUGGAGAGAAGAUAAAGGUCGUAGUGAAAAGGGCACGGGGGAAGACGGCUGUCCUUCACAUUGUCACGGAAGAGAUUACGAACGAUCUCUGAUAACGCGCGACAAGAAAGCAGAGUUCAUUCUUUUUGCUGAGAGUGUGCUCGCACUAGGACUUUUCUGUACGUAUCUGACGGCGAUUAUAGCGGCGCUGGGUGUAUCUGGUCGCAAUCACGUCCAGAGUUGACUCAAAAAGCCCUACGGUAGUUUGAGAAUACCCGCAGUCCUGACAAAAUUUUUGCGAAAGGAGGACACACCGCGAGAUGCAUCAUUGCAGAAGACGUCGCAAUUUCUUUUUUGCUAAUAGUGGUGGCUUCUGUCUCUUCUGAUAUUGAACGACAACGACUGCCUUUGAGGACCACCACCCUGGUGACCAGCAGGAGGCCCCCCAGCCCACCAAACCAGGUGGGCUGGGGGCGCUGUCAGAUCGUCGAUCCAAUGCCCCCGCAACGC